AUGGUGCAAAUGCGUGCCUGGGCCAUCAUUACGAAGAAAGGCGCAGCCUCUUCACUCCCCACAUUCAAGGGCAUGACUCUGGGUCAGAAUGCAGAGAUCUUUUCAAGACAGUCCUGCUCGACGAGUUCUGUACAAGAACAUCCAGCACUCGGGCUGCCCAUCAUGUCAAUGUGUCGUGGAUGCAGAAGAGAUCUAUGCCUGGGAGUAUCUGCCGACUGCCUUAAGUCUUUGCAAACUGCGAUAGGCAUCCGGAGCCUUCUUCUUCCUUGGCCAAUUUACCCAGCCAUUUUCCCCAGGGAAAAUCUGAAGGGUCGGAGCGCGGUGGGAGGGGUCUCCGCCUCCUUCAGCCACGGACGGGUCCGGGCGGUGUUCUGCGAACUGCAGUGCAGCGCCGGAGGCUUGCGGAGUGGACUCCAAGGGCGUGACGUUCCGCAAAGGGGGAGGGGCCCAUCCGGCCUCGAAUCGCCGCGGGGGUGGGUGGUGGUGGAGUGGAGGCGGGGAGUGCGGCCAGGAACGCCGCGGACGCCUCGGGCAGCCGAAGCGGCGGACUCUCCUCCCCUUAACCUGGGCCUCUACGUGGAGACGCGCACCUGGCAACCGGCGGCCGCCGGCUCUCGUCUCCUCGCCAUCUCGGCUCGCGGGCCGCGCGUGGGGCUGUCAUUCGCAUUUGGGGCCGCAAAUGAGGCGAGGCUAAGUAGGAAAGCUUCGGUGGUCCUCCGGAGGCUGUUGUCUGUGGAGGCUUCCUGGUGCUCUUCACUGGAAGCAAAGCCUAAGCGGGAAACUGAUAUUGAUGAUAAAUAUGGAGAUUUGGAUUCCAGAACAGAUUCUGACCUUCCAGAAGUUCCACCAUCCUCAGACAGAACCCCUGAAGUGCUUAAGAAAGCUCUGUCUGGCUUAUCUGCAAGGUGGAAAAAUUGGUGGAUUCGUGGAAUUCUUACUCUGACUAUGAUUUCAUUAUUUUUCCUGAUCAUCUACAUGGGAUCAUUUAUGUUGAUGCUCCUUGUGUUGGGCAUCCAGGUGAAAUGCUUCCAUGAAAUUAUUACCAUAGGUUAUAGAGUCUAUCGUUCUUAUGAGCUACCAUGGUUUAGAACACUAAGCUGGUAUUUUUUACUGUGUGUGAACUACUUUUUCUAUGGAGAGACUGUAGCCGAUUAUUUUGCUACAUUUGUUCAAAGAGAAGAGCAGCUUCAGUUCCUUAUCCGCUACCAUCGGUUUAUAUCAUUCGCACUCUAUCUGGCAGGUUUCUGCAUGUUUGUACUGAGCUUAGUGAAGAAACAUUAUCGUCUUCAAUUUUACAUGUUCGCAUGGACUCAUGUCACUUUGCUGAUAACUGUAACUCAGUCUCAUCUUGUCAUCCAGAAUCUGUUUGAAGGCAUGAUAUGGUUUCUUGUUCCAAUAUCAAGUGUUAUCUGCAAUGACAUUACAGCCUACCUUUUUGGAUUCUUCUUUGGGAGAACUCCUUUAAUUAAGCUAUCUCCUAAAAAGACGUGGGAAGGAUUCAUUGGAGGAUUCUUUUCCACAGUUGUCUUUGGAUUCAUUGCUGCCUACGUUUUAGCAAAGUACCAAUACUUUGUUUGUCCAAUUGAAUAUAGAAGUGAAAUCAAUUCAUUUGUAACAGAGUGUGAACCAUCAGAACUUUUCCAACUUCAAACAUAUUCUGUUCCUCCCUUAUUGAAAGGAGUGUUGAGAUGGGACACAGUGAGCUUGUAUCCAUUCCAGAUACACAGCAUUGCACUUUCAACAUUUGCAUCUUUAAUUGGUCCUUUUGGAGGCUUCUUUGCUAGUGGAUUCAAAAGGGCUUUUAAAAUUAAGGAUUUUGCAAACACCAUUCCUGGACAUGGAGGAAUAAUGGACAGAUUUGACUGUCAAUAUUUGAUGGCAACUUUUGUUCAUGUGUAUAUCACCAGUUUCAUAAGGGGUCCAAAUCCUAGCAAAGUACUUCAGCAACUGCUGGUACUUCAGCCAGAGCAACAGUUAAAUAUCUACAAAACCCUGAAAUCUCAUCUCACAGAGAAGGGGCUCCUCCAGCCAUCCCUGAAAUUGUAGCUGCAUCCACGAGGAACUUGAAGCAAUUCUGUAGAAAAGCACUGACAUAUAUUUUGCACCUGCCUAGAAAAAUAUGCAUAAAUUGAGGUUUUUAAAGACAUGAAUGUUACUUCUCUAAAAUUACUGUGAAUAUUUAAUAAACAUUUGAUCCAAGAAUGAAAUAUAUAACAAAUCGCCUGCAAAAUAUCCUGUAUUUUUUCUAGUGGAGCUCAUGAUAUUGACAAGACAUCCCAUUUCUUACCUGCAGGAUUUCAAAACAGAAGAACCUCCACGGUUCUCAAAUGUAUUCAGUGAGGAAAUGUUACGGUCGUCAUAGCCAUGUCCAAGUAUUUGCCCAUCC